UUUUGGCUCUCUGAGUGGCACCAUGGCGGUCGGCAAGAACAAGCGCCUUACGAAAGGAGGCAAAAAGGGAGCCAAGAAGAAAGUGGUUGACCCAUUUUCUAAAAAAGAUUGGUAUGAUGUGAAAGCACCAGCUAUGUUCAAUAUAAGGAAUAUUGGGAAAACAUUGGUCACGAGAACUCAAGGAACCAAAAUCGCAUUUGAUGGCCUUAAAGGUCAUGUUUUUGAAGUGAGUCUUGCUGAUCUGCAGAAUGAUGAAGCAGCAUUUAGAAAAUUCAGGCUAAUUACUGAGGAUGUUCAGGGCAAAAACUGCCUGACUAACUUUCAUGGUAUGGAUCUUACCCGUGACAAAAUGUGCUCCAUGGUCAAAAAAUGGCAGACCAUGACUGAAGCUCACGUUGAUGUCAAGACUACCGAUGGUUACUUGCUUCGUCUGUUCUGUGUGGGUUUUACUAAAAAGCGCAACAAUCAGAUUCGGAAGACCUCUUACGCCCAGCACCAGCAGGUGCGCCAGAUCCGCAAGAAGAUGAUGGAGAUCAUGACUCGAGAGGUGCAGACCAAUGACCUGAAAGAGGUGGUCACUAAACUGAUUCCAGAUAGCAUUGGAAAAGACAUAGAAAAGGCUUGCCAAUCUAUUUAUCCACUCCAUGAUGUCUUCGUUAGAAAAGUAAAAAUGCUGAAGAAGCCCAAAUUUGAAUUGGGAAAACUCAUGGAGCUACAUAGUGAAGGUAGUAGUUCUGGAAAAGCUACUGGGGAUGAGACAGGUGCUAAAGUUGAACGAGCUGAUGGAUACGAGCCACCAGUCCAAGAAUCGGUUUAAAACGCAGACUCUUAAUGGUGACAAAUAAAAGAUCUUAUUUGUGGUAAAAAAAAUAAAUAAAAA